AUGUAUCUCAUUGCUGCCAUAUGCAUCGUGAUGAGUUUUUUUGAAGAAGUGGAGAGUUUUUGCCCUUCUCAAUGCACUUGCAUUUAUCAUGGCAGGAGUGACGGCACUGGAACAAGGUCUGUGCUGUGUAAUGAUCCUGACAUGUUUGAGAUUCCUGUAAAUGUUCCAGUGGACACUGUCAAACUCCGGAUAGAAAAGACUGUCAUACGGAAGAUUCCAACAGAAGCCUUUUACUACUUGGUGGAUCUGAAAUAUCUGUGGCUGACCUACAACUCUGUAGCAACCAUUGAUGCCAGCAGCUUUUAUAAUUUAAAGCAGCUACAUGAGUUGCGUCUGGAUGGGAAUUUGCUUUCGAGUUUCCCCUGGGAAUCUUUGGCUGAGAUGCCAAACCUUCGAACUCUUGAUUUGCACAACAACAAAGUGACCAGUAUUCCAGCUGAAGCUGGCAAAUACUUGAGGAAUCUCACUUACCUGGAUGUUUCUAGCAAUAAGCUAACUUCCUUGCCAUCAGACCUCAUGGACAUCUGGCUUCCUUUUUCAGAAACAGCACCAAACAGAAACAUUGAAUCUGUAACCCAGAGGGUUAUAUUAGGUUUGCAGGACAACCCAUGGUACUGCGACUGUCGAAUUUCGAAGCUCAUUGAAUUUUCCAAAAUUGUGGACACCUCUGUUGUACUUCUGGACCCCUUUGUAGCUUGUACUGGGCCUGAGAGCCUGGCUGGGAUCUUGUUUCAAAGAGCAGAGCUGGAACAGUGUUUGAAACCAUCAGUAAUGACUUCAGCCACAAAAAUCACCUCGCCCCUGGGAAGCAAUGUUCUCCUACGCUGUGAUGCAACAGGCUACCCCACCCCACAACUCACCUGGAUUAGGUCAGACAACCUCCCAGUGAACUAUACAGUGAUUCAAGAAAGUCCAGGAGAAGGUGUAAGAUGGUCCAUCCUUAGCUUGACAGGCAUUUCCUACAAGGAUGCAGGUGACUACAGGUGUAAGGCCAAAAACCUGGCUGGAAUGUCAGAAGCUUAUGUUACUGUCACUGUUGUUGGGGUUGUCACCACAACAGUGUCUCCACAAAAAUAUGGGAAAAAGACUGGAGGAGACCAGCAAAACACUACGCAGGAAGAUAUUAAACAAGAAUAUUUCAAUGUGACCACCUCUUCUUCUACAGCAUUGCCCACAACCACCACUUUCCCUACAACAUUGGCUACCACUGAAAGGUCUACCACUGAAAGGACCAGUGACAAAAAGCAACCCAAGACCAUGUCUGAUGGAAAGAAGACUUCUAAGGCAAUUACCAAUGGAAGCAAAAAGCAGCCAGGUGAUACUAGUAAGAAAGAUGGGGGUCCAUCACUUAGUACAGCAACGGUAGGAGAGCAAACCCUUGCAGUGAAAAACCUUCGAGUAAUACCUGAAACGAAAGAAAGAGUAACCUUAAUGUGGAAAACUGUCAGCGCUACAAGCAAUCCUGCUCUGACUGUGCUGUACUCAAAGUAUGGGGAGAAAGACAUGCUGCCUCUGAGCACAGAUCCAACAAAAAAUAAAGUCACAAUAGAUGGUUUGGAACCGGGUACCCAGUACAUGGCCUGUGUCUGUCCCAAAGGGAUUCCUCCUACAAAAGACCAAUGCAUCAUUUUCUCUACAGAUGGGAUGUCGAUGGAAGAGGAUUCACAGAUUUCCCUUUUGCUGGUGGCCAGUGGCAUUGCCUGUGCAGUUGUUCUACCUCUCAUAUUUUUUUUACUGUAUAAAGUCUUAACGCUUCACAGGAAACCCAAAUCUACUAGGGAAGCUGACUUGGAGAAAGAGACAUAUGUCAAGUUUGAAACCCUUUCCCUUAAACCACGUUCGGUGGGGGCAGGUGGAGAGCUCUGGGCUCGAAGGAAUACGGAGGAAUCGGAAAGACUGCUUCUUUGUUCUAGGUCAAGUAUGGAUUCUCAGAUGACCUUCAAGAGUGAAGGUUCAAGGUCAGAGUAUUUUUGCUGACUAUCGGUGUUCAGUGAAUCAGCAGAAGAAGAUGAGUGGGAAGACUUUGAAAAGUGACUUCAGACUUGUGUCUGUUGGACUAGUGCCAGUUAAAAAACAACAACCCAUGAGCAUCAACACACAGAACAUUUCUCUCAGACGUUUUCUGUGGAAGAACAUGUGGAGGGAAAA